AUGACUGACGCAUCCUUUCCCCCAUCCGGUGGAGCUUCUCGAGCUGCUCUCCUCACCACUUCCACUUCCACUUCCACUUCCACUUCCACCACCUCCACUUCUUCCACCACUUACUACUCCAACCCUCCCAGUAUCUCUUCCAUCCCUCGUCGUUCCUCCUAUGCUUCGGUUCUGUCUGGAACAGCCGCCCUCUCGCCCCCCACCGUCCCCCACAGCCCUUUCUCGCAUCUGACCCCCUCCUACUCCACCGCCUCUUAUCCCCCGCCGCCCUUUGCUCCCGACGCCCGCCUGCUGAGGCCCUCCGUCGCCGUGGAUGCCGAGAUGCAAAUGAACUCGCCCUGGAGGCCGUCCCCCGGCGAUUCUCUCCCCCCCUACUCCCGCAAGUUCGCCAACCUCGCUCGGUUCGAUCCCUUCUCCCAUAGCCCCGGUCCCUUGGCCGACUCGGCCACGCCCUACUUCACCCCAUCCUAUCUCCGCAACUCCCGCUAUGUCUCCCGCCUCGAUGCCGCCCGUCGGGCCAAGCUUGCAGCCCACCGCGAUGGGGCCGGCCCCUCGACCACGUCGAAUCCCAUCUCCACCUCCUCCAGCCAGGCCAGCCUGCCCCGGAUUGCGCCCUCCCAUCGCGGGAUGACCUAUGAUAUCAUAGAAAGGGAACCCGCCGGCGAUGACGAACAUUUGCUUCCGCUGCCCUCCCGAUGGAAUGAGGACGACAAGUAUUCGGGCCUGGAGCUCACGAACGGAGGGCUGGAGGUUCGGUACACCGGGCCGGCCAACAAGCAUGAUCAGGAGGCUGCCGCCGUCCGGGCGGAUAACCCCAUGCCCCCGCAGUGCGGCAUCUACUACUUCGAGAUCACCAUCAUAUCCAAGCCCAGAGAGGGGAUGAUCGGAAUCGGAUUCUCGAGCAAGAAAGCUUCAGUCGAACGACUACCAGGAUGGGAGCAGGAAUCCUGGGCUUAUCACGGUGAUGAUGGCAAGUCCUUCUUUGGAGAAAGCCAAGGGCAGGGACGACAAUACGGGCCGACCUUUGGGGCUGGUGAUACCGUGGGAUGUGGUGUGAAUUUCUCCACGGGAUGUGCUUUCUUCACCAAAAAUGGCGUGUUCCAAGGGAAUGCGUUUCGGGAACUACGGAACCUGAAGGUCUACCCGUCGGUGGGCAUGAAGAAACAGCCGCCAGUGCAUCUGGCCGUGAACUUUGGCCAGCAGCCGUUCAUGUUCGACAUUGACGACAUGGUCAAGAGAGAGAAGUCAUUGAUCCAUUCCGAGAUUAGCCUGACCAGCACGGCCAAUCUCCAACCGCCGUUGGAUGAAUCUGCCCUGCUCCAGGAGUUGGUGGCGCAAUUUCUGGCCCACGAUGGCUAUGUGGAGACCGCUCGAGCGUUUGCCGAAGAAGUGGCGGCCGAGUCAUCCGCGCUGGAGAAUGGUCGGCAGGCGCCCUUGAAGAAGUACGAGGUUGAGGAGGAUGUCGAAGCGAUCAAUCGGCAGAAGAUCCGAGCGGCCAUCCUGGAAGGAGACAUCGACAAGGCGCUCAAGUAUACUAAUGCUUACUACGCGAACGUGCUGCAGACCUAUCCCCUGAUCCACUUCAAACUACGAUGCCGCAAGUUCCUAGAGAUGAUGCGUCGCUGCAACGAGCUGUCGGCGUCGGCCACGAAGCGAGGCAAAGCCGCCAACGGGCUGUCAGACAGCAGCGCGGUGUUCGACCAAGAGAUGGAGUUGGAUGAGCAACUCCAAGAAGGGGACGGGUAUGAGGCGGAUGGCAUGGACAUGGAGGAACCGGAGACGACGGCGCGGUCUAACGAGCUGCUUACGGAGGCGGUGCAGUACGGGCAGCAGUUGUUCUUGGAUUAUCCCCCGGAGGAGCGAGGUGGGGACCGAAAGAUGCUGGAUGAUAUCUUCUCGCUGGUGGCGUACCCGGACGCGAGACGGUCAGUGCAUGGGCACUACCUGGACCCUGCGGGGCGGAUUGCGGUAGCGGAAGAGUUGAACUCGGCCAUUCUCGGUAUGACAGUGUCACUGGGCAAGUCGUCAUCGGCGGCCCUGGAGCGGCUGUACCAGCAGACCGAGGUGCUGGUGAAUGAGAUCAGCGAAGAGGGCGGCGCUGGGGCGUUUAUUAAUAGCUCUAGCUCCCCAUCCCAUCCUCCUCACCCACCGGCCGCUAGUCGCCUGCCCUGCAUUCCCUCCCACUCGGCCGCCUCCGACUCGGUCUCCCCCCUCGCCCUCCGCUGCUGCUGUGGCCGUGACGAUUGCGCAUUCCUGCACCAUAAUCAUGUCGCCCUCGAGGGGCUCGAGAAGGAUUUGGCAACCGCCGCGAGGCUGGGCCAGGCCCUACUCCACCGUCAUGAAUCCUACAUGGCCGAGGCCGAAGAGGACCGCCAUCGGUUACUCGUCAGUAUCGAAAAUCUAGAACGGGAAAAGCGGGAGGUCCAGGCCGAGAAUGCCCGCAUCAUCGAAGAGAACCGCGGCCUCUUAGAACAACUCGAAGGCCUCAAUAGGGCCGUCGCCGAUUCCGACUCGCAUUCCAAGUCGCUCGCCGCCCGCCUCGAGAGCACCGAGGCGGAGCUGCGCAAACUCUCCCUAUCCGCGGCCCGCGCCGCCGACCUCGAAGCGCAAUUGGCGCAGAUGGAAGUCGAACAAUCUAAGUUGCAGGAGCGUCUGCAGUCCGCCCAGGAGGACUCCAAGUCGGCCGUCCAGCGCUGGAAGCAGGCCGAGUGCACCUUGCGUGACCUGCACGACCAGGUGGAUCGCAUCGAAAAGGAAGCCCGGGAGGAACGGGACCGACAUGCGGAGCUGGUCCAACGCAUGGAGCGGCGGAGGACGGUGGAACGAGAGCUCGAUGGCGCGGCCGGUCGAUUGAAGGGCGCGGCCGCUGCCCACGAGCUGGGGCGCAAUCGCGGCGGUGCGACGGUGGUCUCCCGCUUCGUCCGUGAUAUCCUGCAGGACAACGCCAACCUGCAGAUGGGCAUCAUGGAGCUGCGGGAGAUGCUGGAGAGCUCCAACCAGGAGGUCGAGAAUCUGCGGGAUCAGAUUCUGUCGCACCAACCGUUGGCGUCCGAGGGCCAGGAGACCCGGCCGGCUACGACUCUGAGUCAGGAACUGGAGUCGAAGGAGUCGCGCCGGGCGUCCCAGGAGCUUCACAUCCAUCACCACUAUCACUCGCCAACGGCUCCGGCCGGGCCCAAGAAGGAGCGGGGCUCGCUCUUCCGUCGCUCUAAAAAGAGACGCUCCCUCGGCAGUGCUGCGGUUCUGCACUCGGCCUCGGGGACGCCGCUCGCUCGCAAGGCCAAUCACCGCUCUGAAUCCUCGACUUCUUCCGCAUCCACGAUACUAUCGCAAACCUCCGUCUCGAUUCCUCCCACGGCUCCUCACCGUUGGUCCAUGCAGUCCCCGGUGUCGGAUUCGAUGGCGAGCUCUCCCCAGUCGGCAUAUCAACCCUCAUCGAUCUUUGACCGGGUGGACCGCGGCUUUGACUCCUCCCAGCCGACGAGCCCGGACAGCACAGUCUUCUCGUCGCCGCUGCGGAGUGGCCGGUUCAAAAAGACGCACGUUGACGCGGCGUAUCGCACGUUGGAGGGGGAUGGCUUGGCUGCUGGCAGCGACGAUGACAUAAUUCACGACUACUUUCAACGCCGAAACAGUGUCGAGUAUGGUGGCAGAGCUGCCCUGCAGUCUGUUAUUCCGGAGGAGAGGGAGGAUGCUCGAUCCAUGCACGAUACCGAGUCCGAACGGGCGGCAUCUCCUGCAGUGCCAGAGCGCGUCUUCUCCUCGCCGUACCGCGCUCCACGCCGCAGUGCCUCCCAUGAAAGCCUCUUCUCCGUGGCCGGCAUGGACAUCCAUACUCCCAGCCGUCGCCCCUCGCGACUGAGCGACCUGCACUCCGGUGCCGUCCCGGUUCGCAUUCCCCGCCGGAUCAUGUCGUCCAGCGCCGACUUUUUCUCCACGCCCCCGGUUAUCUCGACGAGCAUCGUCACUGCGGACCGGGAGCCCGCCAUGGUAUCCGACCAAUGCCCGCAAACGCUCCUUGCGUCGGUGGCGGGCAGCAGAAGCCAGACCCUGGUUGAGAACGACCCUGAAGGCACAGCCCACUCCCGCAAACUCUCCCUGGGUCGGCGCGUCGGCGGCUGGGUACGCGGACACUGGGGCACGGCCCCGAUCUCGUCGAACGAACCCAUCGCCGAGGAGACGCCUGCCACAGUCUCUGACACGCCCGCUCCCCGGCCCUCAUCCGCCGGCUCGAAGAAGAGCAAACAUUGGCCUGAGCUGGGCGCUCCUUUGCGUUUUCGGCACCCGGGAGUGAACCAGAAGGGGCCGAUUAUGGGCUUCCGCCCGACGUCGCGAGUGCCAGUGUCGAUUCAUGCCGAGCAAGUGGAUGAGGGCUUACUCCGGGAGAGUCUCGCUGACGCCCACUAG